AUGAUCAUCCGUCGGGCUCAUCAUUCGAAUCUCCAUGCAGGGAUUCAAAGUACUCUCUACGCGAUUCGAUCCAAAUUCUGGAUUCUGAACGGUAAGGAUCAGAUCAGAAGGAUUGUUCGUCGUUGUAUCGAAUGCAUUCGUCAGAAACCAACGGUAGUUCAUGCUCAGAUCGCAGAUUUGCCUAGAUCUAGAGUGAAAGAAGCACCCGCUUUCUCGCAGACAGGUGUUGAUUUUUUUGGUCCAAUCCUCAUCAAAGAGAAGAAAGAUCGUAACAGAUCGUUUCUCAAGUCGUACGGAUGUGUAUUCGUGUGUAUGGUCUCUAAGGCUGUUCACAUUGAAUUAGCGACUGAUCUUUCCUCACAAGGAUUUUUGGCAGCCUUUCGCAGGUUCACCGGCCGCAGAGGUGUUCCUGAACAGGUUUACUCCGACAACGGUACAAAUGUCGUUGGAGCCAGUAAAGAGCUCAGUGAAUUGUACAAUCUUCUUUCUAGCCCCGAAUUCGCGGAAAGCGUGGGCAAUUACGCUCUAUCUAAACGCAUCACCUGGAAUUUUAACCCACCAUUGUCUCCCCACUUUGGAGGGAUUUGGGAAGCAGCUGUAAAGAGUUUCAAACAUCAUUUGAAAUGCGUUUUAAAGGACCAAAGACUUACUUAUGAGCAACUCAAUACUUUGCUGAUCGAAAUUGAAGCGAUCUUAAACUCUCGACCGUUGUGUACUCUUUCGGCUGAUCCCAAUGAUCCCUUAGCUAUCACUCCAGCCCACCUGUUGAUAGGCCGACCAUUCAAUGCCUUACCCGAAAAAUCGUUCUCGUCAGUUUCAGAUAAUCGCCUGUCCACUUAUAACUUCAUCACCAAGGCCAAACAGGACUUUUGGAAUAAAUGGCACAAGGAAUAUCUACAUGAACGCCAAACUCGCCAAAAAUGGCAUACGUCUACUGCUGAACUGAAACUCGGUUCAGUGGUUCUCCUCAUGGACGACGCUGUCGCUUGUGCACGAUGGCCGCUGGGCAUGAUCAUUGAAGUGUAUCCUGUAAGUGACGGCGUCGCUCGAGUUGCAUCAGUUAGGACANGCAUCAGUUAG